AUGGAUGCACAAGAGAACCCGAGGCCAUCGUCGAAUGUUGGUGAAAGUAACGAAGGAACGCAUCGCCAUGGUAGGUCAAGAUCAGGUUGGGGAUUAUCCACAGCAGUUCACGCGGUCCAUGGUGUGGGAUUCGUGGCGAAAAAGGUUAUUAACAAUAGGUAUACGGACUCUUUAUGGCAUACUAGAAAGAGCUCUUCAAGUGCUUCUGGUCCGUCUGAUGGAUCAUCAGACGCCAAACGAGAGAAUCAUUCUCAUGAAACCGCUAGUCAUCACUCCUCGCAACCGUCCUUGAAUGUAGAAGAAAAUGAACAACCUACUCAUGAGAGGGAAGAUGUUCCUUUGCAAGGAAGAAAUGUUAACACGACGGGUUCAAACGUUGGUGAUCAGUUAGAGGAUUUGAAACCUCAAGAAGUCGAUGAGCGAUCAGAGAAUAAAAAACCGACAGAUGGAUCACAUGUUAAGUCAGUUAAUCAGCAUCGAUGGCCUAGCAGCAGCACAGCUGGUUCUACUGUUUGGCCUAGCACAGCGGCAGGAAACUCAAAACCAUCAGCUAGCUCACAUGGUAGACACGUUAAUCAGCACCGAUGGCCUGGCACAACAAGUUCGAAUGUUGUUAACCAGUCGGAGAAUUUGGAACCUUCAGAUGGUUCACAUGCUAAGCCAGUUAAUCAACAUCGGUGGCCUGGGACAGCAGGUUCUAAUGUUUUAAAUAAAACCAUUAAUAAUUUUUAUGAAGCUAGUAGGGUACCUAAGCUCAAUAGAAAGUCCUUCCCAUAUAGUAAGCCUUCACAAGAAUCUUCAACCAAUGCUACAAAUCCACCAUCGUCAUCAGUUGUUGAUGACGAUAAGGUUAUUGAAUCCCAACCUUCUUCACCAAACAAGUCACAUGUUUUAGCCUCGAGAGGUGUUAGUCCCUUGCGUACAAGGGCCUUUACCAAAGGGGUCAAACCUUCACAUGUUGUUAGAGGGGCUAGCCUGACCCCUGCUACCAGGGGUGAUAGUGAUACCACCACCACAAGAGAGUCCAGCCUAGUGUCCACUAGAGGGGUCAGCCCGACUCCAUCUAGAGAGGUCAUCCUGACGCCCGCUAGAGGGGUCAGCCCAACUCCAUCCAGAGGGAUCAGCCCGACGCCCUCCACAGGGGUCAGCCCGACGCCAACUAGAGAAGUUGGUCAUGAUGCUAGAGAUGUUAGUCCUACCCCAAUGAAACCGCAUAAGUCAUCUGGCCGAAGACACUUCUUCAGUGCAAAUAUACUUUCAGUUUUCACUAAAAUCGUCGAUAAUAGAAAGGAAAAGCACGUGUCAGAUCUCAAAGAAGCAGCUCAGCAUCUGGAACUACUUUACAAUAUACAAGUGCAGUGGCAAUUUGCUAACGCGAGUGCAGAAGCUGCGCUGGAUCAUCAAAGGAAAACUGCUGAGAAGUCUUUAUCUGAUGUGUGGAGAGCUAUCUUAGAACUCCGGGAUUCUUUAGCUUCAAAGAAAGUCGAUAUGACCUUGCUGAUACUUCAGCUAAAGCUUUAUGCUGUUUUAUAUCGACAAAUGGCGUACAUUGAUGAGUGGGCUUCAAUUCAAAAGGAGCACGAAUCUGCCUUAUUUGCAACCGCUAAUGAUCUACAAGCAAGAAGCCUUUCACUUCCAAUUACCGGAGGGGUAAAGGCAGAUAUUAAGAGUUUGAAGUUGAUUGUUUUUUCGACCAUCCAAGUACUACAGGCAACGAUAUCAUGUAUACAGUCAACACUAUCAAAGCUGGACAAAACACAUUUCCUGGCUUCUGAACUUGCCAAUUUAGUAUUACAUGAAAGAGCUCUUCUUGAUGAAUGUGAAAUAUUUUUGGCUUCAGCAGCUCCUUUACAUAUAGAAGAAUGCAGCCUUAGGAGCUAUCUAUUGCAGUUCAACCGAACUAACAUGACCGAAUAA